AUGUCCGCGUUCAGCUGGCCCGCGAACCGCAGCCCGGCCGUCGCGCCGGACAUGCACCCGGUUGUCGGCCAGGUACGUAUUGUGCGCCGCGCUGAUCAACCGGGCGGCGCACAGCGCUGUGUUAAACGGUUCGCCGAUGCCGUCGUCCGCGUCGCACGGUCGCGGCCCCAACGUGCUGAACGUGUUGACCGUCAGGCCCGGUAUAAAAUAAACACGGAGACAUGCAGACUAGGAAUGAUUAUGUUCGUCAAAGUAUACUUCACCUUACCUACUGCCGAUAUCAUAACUGGAGGUGUUUACAUAUACCCAUUACAGAAUCGAGUAUGUUUUCCAAAAAAACGUAAAGUUGACAAUGAAAACAGAAAGUUUCUGGCCGAGUGGACCGAACAAUAUUGUUUUACACUUCCAGUAAGAGCUGGAGCCGUUCCAGUUUGUCUUAUAUGUAACAGUACAGUUGCUGUCGUUAAAUGUGCUAAUUUAAAGCGUCAUUAUGAUACAAUGCAUAAAGAUUUUGAAAAAAAAUUUCCUCUUAACAGUGCAGCGCGUAAAAAUAAGCUCCAAGCGUAUCUCUUGUCUUAUAAAAAUAGUACGACUAUGUUAGUACAAAGUAUGACUGGGCAAGAAAAGUCAGUAGAAGCAGCAUUGCGUGUUUGCUGGACGUUAAAUAAACACCAAAAACCAUUUACAGACUCAGAAAUUGUAAAAGAGUGUAUGUUGGAAGUAGCCACUGCACUUUUUGAAGAAAAAAAGGACAUAAUUAAUGCUAUUCAAAGUAUUCCUCUAUCAGCAAGAAGCAAUACAAGAAGAACAGAACUAUUGGCCGAUGACAACAAAAAUAAUUUAAUUCACAUUUUACAGAUGGCUCCUUGCUACGCUAUUGCAAUUGAUGAGUCACGUGAUAUUGUUGAUUCUGAGCAAAUUUCAAUUUUUGUGCGCUUUUUAGACGUUGAAAGUAGAGUAUUUAGAGACGAGUUGCUAGCAUUAUUGCCAUUGAAAUGCAAGACUCGUGGAGAAGAUUUGUUUAAAACUUUUGACGACUUCAUGACUAAAUCAAAUAUUAGUUAUGAUAAAAUUGUGUCUAUUUCAACUGAUGGCGCACCGGCAAUGAUUGGUAAAGAAAAGGGAUUUGUUAAGAGAAUCAAGGAUAAGAAUGCUGAAAUACUUUCAUAUCAAUGUAUAAUUCAUCAAACAUCCCUGUGUGGCAAACUUAGUACAACACUGAAGGAAGUAAUGGACAUAAUGAUCAAGUUGAUUAAUUUUUUGAGGUCCCGAUCUGCUCUUCAGCACAGGCAGUUUAAAGAUUUUUUAUUUGAAUGUGAUUCAGUGUAUUCGGAUUUACUUCAAUAUAACAAUGUCCGUUGGUUAAGUAAAGGCAAAGUGAUCGAACGUUUUUGGAGUAUAAAAGAAGAAGUUAUCACGUUCUUGGUAAACUUGGAUUCAGUAGAAUCAAAGCAGUAUCAUAAAUUCUUAACAAAUGAGAGCAAUAUGCUAUCUGUGGCGUUUUUAAAAGACAUUCUUGGAUAUUUAAAUGUACUUAAUACUGAGUUACAAGGGCAAAAAAAGUUAAUUUGUGAUCUGAUAUCAAGUGUAUUUGCUUUCCGACGAAAACUUGAAAUCUUUGAAGAAGAUAUAAAAAAUCAAGAUUUUAUUCAUUUUCCAACAAUCCUAGAAUAUAAAAAGACUCCCGACAUAGACUGCAGUAUGUUUUUAAGUUUUUUGUCAGACCUUGGUGAAGAAUUUCGUAAGAGAUUCAAAGACUUUGCAGAAAUUGGAAAACUGUCUCAAUUUUUAAAAAAUCCGUUUGAAGUUUCUCCGACUGGAGAAUGGAUUGACGUUGCUACAAAAUUAUUUAAACUUCCAAAAUCUUCACUUCAAAUUGAAAUUAUUGAUUUGCAAGAAGAUAUCUCAUUGCAAAUGUAUAAAACUUCGUCCACUGAAGAUUUUUGGAUAAAGCAUGUCUUGGAUAAAUACAUGAACUGUAAAACCCUUGCCAUAAAAUUAGCUACUAUGUUUGGCUCCACUUAUGUAUGUGAAACUUCGUUUUCAAAAAUGACGUUUUUAAAAAACCGAUACCGUUCAAGAUUAACAGAUCACCACCUUGAAAACACUUUACGCAUCAGUUGUUCUCCAAGAGUACCAGAUUUUAAAAAACUAGCUCAAGAAAAGAAAUGUCAUUUUUCUCAUUAAUACAA